AUGGUGGACAGUGAGGUGAAGCCAGAAACCACAGGACACAUUUUGUGGAGCUGCAAUACAGCAAAGGAUACCUGGGCAGAACUGAAAGUAAGGCAGACUGAUCGGAUACCUCCCCUAGAGGAAUUUAUCGAUGUUCUUUGGUGGCUGCGUGAGCACUCUGUGGUUAAUGAUUGGGAGGUUUUUGCUACUGUUGGGUGGAGUCUUUGGAACAACAGGAAUGUUAUUAGACAUGGAGGACAGGGCAGACAGGGGAGAGAAAUAGCAUUGGAAGCACAGAGGUAUGUAGAUGAAUUCCGGAAUCACAUGCCUAGUGACCUCCCAAAGCUUCAGCCCCCCCCUACGAAAUGGUCUCUGCCACCACCCAAUUGGUAUAAGAUCAAUGUGGACGGCGCGGUCUUCAAAGAGCAAGGUAGUAUAGGUGUAGGGGUGGUUAUUAGAAAUGCUAAAGGUGAGGUUACGGGAGCAAUGAGUAAGAAAAUAUGUCUGCCAUUGGGAGCAAUUGAGGCUGAAGUAAAGGCUGUUGAAGAAGGUGUUUUGUUGGCAUGGGAUCUGGGUCUAAAGAAUGUUGUUGUAGAAGGAGAUUCGCUGGCUGUGACUCAAGCUCUUAAUGGCGUGGUCACCCCUGCUAUUUCUAUCCAAAAGGUGUCUGAAGGUAUCUUAUGGUGGCUCAAGAAGUUUGAUAACUGGAAGAUCUUGCACACGAGAAGAAGCAGCAAUACAGCUGCACAUGUAAUGGCUAAAGAAGCCAAACCAAUUCUAGAUAGUGUAAUAUGGGUGGAGGACUCUCCCCCAGCUAUUGCUCACCAACUUUUGUAUGAUGUACUGUCUAUGGACUUUUGUCCUAAUUGUUGA